CAGUAGCAGCACUGAACGUCUUACAAGACAGCGAUGGCUUUUUCCCUAGAAUUUGAAUAUGGAGGCCACGGGGACAGAUGAAGUAGAAAAGAUAAAAUCCAAGUUUAUGUCUGCAUGGCACAACAUGAAAUACAGUUGGGUGUUGAAAACAAAAACUUACUUCAGUAGAAACUCUCCUGUCUUUCUGCUGGGGAAAUGCUACCACUUCAAAACCGACGAAUCUGGUGAGCUCUCCACAGAUGGGUCCCGUUUCAGUAACAUCAACACUGAGAUUUCAGGAAACGUUGAGGAUUUCCGCAAGGAUUUUAUUUCUAGAAUAUGGCUGACUUACAGAGAGGAAUUUCCUCAGAUAAAGGGAUCUGCGUUAACAACAGACUGUGGCUGGGGUUGCACGCUGAGAACGGGGCAGAUGCUGCUGGCUCAAGGUCUCAUGCUUCACUUCCUUGGCAGAGCCUGGGUCUGGCCAGACGCGUUGGACGUUGACAGUUCAGACUCUGAAUCGUGGACAGCCCAUACAGUAAAAAAGCUGACGGCAUCGUUCGAAGCGUCGCUCACAGCGGAAAGAGAACCCAAGAUCCUCUCAAAUCAUCAUCGGGGACCGCUGAAGAGAAACUGUGAUGGCGAUGAAAUGAGAAACGACGUUUAUCACAGAAAAAUAAUUUCCUGGUUUGGCGACUUUCCGCUGGCAGCUUUCGGCCUACACCAGCUAAUAGAAUACGGAAAGAAGUCUGGAAAAAUGGCUGGCGAUUGGUACGGGCCCGCAGUCGUUGCACACAUUUUAAGAAAAGCUGUUGAAGAAGCCAGAGACCCUGAGCUACAAGGAGUUACAGUCUAUGUCGCUCAGGAUUGUACAGUCUACAGUUCAGAUGUUACUGACAGACAGUGUUCCCUCACGGACUCGGGAAAAGCAGAGACAAAAGCUGUAAUUAUACUGGUUCCUGUGCGACUCGGUGGAGAGAGAACAAACAUGGACUACUUAGAGUUUGUAAAGGGAAUUUUAAGCCUUGAGUACUGUGUGGGUAUUAUUGGUGGCAAACCCAAGCAGUCCUAUUACUUCACUGGAUUUCAAGAUGACAGUUUGAUUUACAUGGAUCCUCAUUACUGCCAAUCUUUUGUAGAUGUCAGCAUAAAGGAUUUCCCUCUUGAGUCAUUCCACUGUCCUUCUCCCAAAAAGAUGUCCUUCAAAAAAAUGGAUCCGAGCUGCACGAUAGGAUUUUACUGUAGGACGGUGCAGGACUUCGAGAAGGCUGCCGAGGAGAUCACCAAG